AUGGGCAAGCCCCUGACGGCUCCCAAUUCCAUGGGCGUCAUCGGAUAUCCCAUCGCCGGCGAGGAUGCCAGUUAUUCUGGCCUCUGCGCAUUCAGUUGCAACUUAGGAUAUUGUCCGAGCUCCGCUUGUGGGACUGAGCAAGUCCCUCUGGUUAUCCCCACUGUCUCUGAUUUCGCACCUCCUGCAUGUGUUGCAGGCACUGGAUCGGGUGCUCUUACUGGCCUCUGUAGCUUUGCGUGCAACUACAGCUUCUGCCCAAUGCAUGUUUGCACCUGCACUGCCCAGGGUGGCUUAGUACCAGCCCCGCCCACUAUAGGCACCAGAGGUACUCCUGUCAAUGGGCUGGAGGACUAUGGUCUUUGCAAUUUUGCUUGUAGCCAUGGGUAUUGUCCGGAAGGCGCCUGUGUUGAGACUGGCAGUAAGAGCUCCAGCGAGGUCUAUGUUCCUCUGGGCAUCUGGGAUAGCCCGGAUCCUGAGUUCCCUUCCAUGGUCAGUUCUGUCUGGACAAGGUCAGGCACCUUGACCGGCACAAAGACCACCAUUCUCAGCAUCCCAUUACUAGUCACCGAUAAGGUUCCUUUUUGGCCUGUUGUCAUCAGUGCCAAUACUUCCCCUACUGGAUUUUUAUCCCCUUCAAAGCUUCAUGCCGGAGCCCCCCAGGCCACGAAGUUGAUUUCAUUGAGCGUGAAUGUUCCUUCUGUUACCUGCACCGGCAGCAGUGGAGGUGGUGGCGGUGGAGGAGGGAGUGAUAGUGGAAGCAGCAGCAGCAGCGGUGAGAGCGCCGAUGGCCAGCAGGCAAAUCUCCCCAUGGACUACGACGGGCCGGACGGCCUCGCUAAUGGCAAGUGGAAUCCGAUGUCCAUCCUUGUCGAAGAUGCUGCGGCAGUCACGAGCGGAAUGGCCGCCAUUAUGGCCCAAGGGACGCCGUGUUUCGAGUCUGCUUUGUCACUCCUGACUGCCACACAAACGGACGAUUUCAACCUCCGGGUUGACUCAAUGACUCAAGGCAUUGAGGUUCUCAGCAUUGUUGAAUUGCAAAUAUCACUUGGAAGAGCACGAGUUGAUGUCGACAUCUUCAGCAAAGCAGCGAGCAUUGAAGCUAAUGAAGAUAUAUGCGAGCUUGACCCAAGUAUGGGCUCUAGCAGUCAUCCCAUUUACUGA